AUGGUGCGAGAGAUACUGCAUCUCCCAGAUGGGCAGACAUUUACGGUCUCAUCCGUCUUUGGCGGCCUGAGCUUCAAGAGCCAUGAGAUGAAUACGCACCACCACGCCUUCCCGGCAGGGUGGACAAUCAUCCUCCACACCGAGAACGGAAAGGCAGGUGGCAAGGAUGACAACGGCAACGGCGGCGAUGGCAAGGCAGCCGAGGACGACGACGAUCUCCCGCCCGCUCUCAGGUCCAGUACUCGCAUUCUGCCAUUCGAGACGCCCACGCUGCGCAAUGACGCCUUGUUCAUCUCGACCAUCUCCAACCCUGCAGACAGCGAGUUCAAACCGGCCGCAAGCCCCACGCGUCAGAUCGCCAUGAUGUUGUGGGUCACGCUGUACUGGUAUUUCCACCAAACCGAGCCGCGCAUGGCGCUGGACACGGAGCCGAGCCGCCUCACCCCGGAGGAGGCCAAGCCCCGCGGAGAAUGGUCGGUGCGCGUCAAGCGUGAUGGCAUCCUGCGCGGAAGGAACCUCAUCCCCAAGUUGGAGCGCAUGGGCCUCAUCGCCAGCGCCGACACGGCCGUGGGCACGCACCCUGACGAUGACGCGGACGGAUGGACAGACAUGUUUGUCUCGCGACGCAUGUUCUGGCAGAUCCCGCCCGGCCUGUUCCUCUUCACCCUGGCCCGUGCCAGGACUUACUCCUCUCACCCCGGGUCGCCAAACUCUAGCAGACCAGCUUCCCCGACUCGCGAGUCGAAGCUCCACCCCCUCCAUCGCCAUACGGCCUCCCUCGAGAUCACCAGCUCAUCGCAGUCGGCUCUCCAGCGUUUCGAGAACGACCUUCCCGGUGCCCCCGUGCCGACGGGCCCGGUAAAUAGCCCUGGCUUCCCCGUAGGACCGUUCUACUCCUCGUCCCACCUGCCGACGUACUACCCGCCGCCGCCGCCGCAGUACAGGAUGACGGACGGUAUCCGACACCCUCUCCGCCCCAAGCCCCCGCGCAUGGGCGAGACGUUCUACUCCCGCUUCGUCCCUAGCGUGGGGCAGUACCUCUCCUUCCGCGUCGCCUCCUCGUCGCCCAAGCCCGUCCCGCAUCUGGGUCCCGUGGGCCCUGACCCCCCACAGGAGCACCAGCACCUGACCGGCCUCAGCGAUACCGCCCUCAUGCGGAGAUGGCUGUCCAACCCCCGCGUCAGCCGUUUCUGGGGCGAGUAUUUCCCCGGAUUCCUCGAAGGCGCCCUCAAGUCCCGCCACUCGUUCCCCGCCAUUGGUCUCUGGGACGGCGUGCCCUUUGGCUUCUUUGAGGUCUAUUGGGUCAAGGAGGACAUGCUGGGCCAUUACCUCAACGGCGAAGCUGCCGACUGGGAUCGAGGUCUGCACGUCAUGGUUGGAGAGGAGUGGGCACGCGGUCGUGUAUCCAAGUGGCUGUCGGCACUGGUGCACUGGUGCCUGCUUGUCGAUUAUCGAACCAUGAACAUCUGCCUGGAGCCCAGAAUCGACAAUGAGAGGUGA